ACGCACACCACACAUGCCAAGAUCGCUAACCAGAACCGGAAAGAAUGCUUACGGUAUCAGAGAAUGCUUCUUGUUUAAACGAAAAUCCAAAGAAAGGGUUGGGAAUCGAUGCCUCCUUCCUACGCCAUUUCCACUCGCACUACUCCUAUCAAUAUCUUUCGUUCUUCCAUCUCUGGGAAGAAUUAUCUACCCAGGAGUCAAUGUGGAAUGCUGAGAAGGAACUUCACCCUGAAGGGAGUCGUUGCCGCUGGAGCUUCUGUCCUUGCUCCUUCCUCCGCUCGAGGGAUGGAGCGAUUACCUUUCAAGCCAGAGGGCUAUAAUUUUUGGACGUGGCGAGGUCACAAAAUACAUUAUGUAGAACAAGGAGAAGGGAUUCCUCUUGUUCUUAUCCAUGGCUUUGGCGCUUCUGCUUUCCACUGGAGAUACAACAUUCCAGAGUUGGCAAAAUUGUACAAGGUUUAUGCUGUAGACUUGUUGGGGUUUGGCUGGAGUGACAAAGCGAUCGUUGAGUAUGACGCGAUGAUAUGGAGGGACCAGGUAACUGAUUUCUUGAGGGAAAUUGUGAAAGAACCAGCAAUACUAGUUGGAAACAGCCUCGGGGGAUUUACUGCUUUGGUUACAGCAGCACAGUUGCCUGAACAAGUUCUGGGAGUUGCAUUACUCAAUUCUGCAGGACAGUUUGGGAACCCUAACGCACAAGCCAACAACAAUGAAAAUGCUGAGGAAACAGCCUUACAGAAAUUUCUGUUAAAGCCACUGAAAGAAGUCAUUCAACGUGUCAUCCUUGGGUUUCUUUUCUGGCAAGCAAAGCAACCCGCUCGCAUCGAAUCAGUCUUGAAAAGCGUAUAUAUAAAUACUUCUAAUGUGGAUGACUAUCUUGUGGAAUCAAUAAUUAAACCAGCCGCGGACCCCAAUGCAGGAGAAGUUUAUUACAGGCUCAUGACACGAUUCAUGUUGAACCAGACCAAGUAUACACUUGACAGCAUCCUAUCAAAACUCUCUUGCCCACUCUUGCUGAUCUGGGGCGAUUUAGACCCUUGGGUGGGGCCUGCCAAGGCAAACCGAAUCAAAGAGUUCUAUCCAAACACUUCCAUAGUAAAUUUGCAGGCUGGGCAUUGUCCACAUGAUGAGGCCCCGGAGCUCUUCAAUAAAGCUCUUCUCAAUUGGUUGUCAUCCCUUAAAAUCAAAGCCUCUCUCCAAACACUCUAGGCAAUGAAUUGCUAUCUGUAUAUUCUUCAAGUAUAACUGGCUCAAGGCCUUGAUAGUGUAGUUGUUCUGUAUGGAUCGAAGUUUUACUUGUAAUUUAGUCACAGAUUUGUUGUUCACAAUAACACAUUAAAGAUUUAUGUA